CAGUGUUGCAGGUCGCUCAAAUACUAAAAUACGUCGUUUACGAGCACAAGCGACAUUUUCGCCAUCCCUGGUUCAUUAAAAAAGCGGCAUUGGGAGGAAACAAAUCGAAUCUGUUGAGAAAUUAUUUAUUAAUAUUAUCGCACAACACAAAAAGCAAAGUAAGCCAGCAUGUCGUUCAUGAACCCAGUGGAUAUGGUGGAUGAAGAUGCCGCGGACUUGCAGUUUCCCAAAGCAAAGCCUAGCACACAACAGAUUCAGCGCUCCACAGCAAAAUUUGCCCGCGCACGCACUGAUCAAAAAACAAAGCGUUCAAUAGUAUUUUUUAAUGCUCAGGCAUUUCACAAGAGAUUGGAGGAAAUAGCUUCCAGCGUGGAUCAUAGUGCUCCGAGGACAAGGCACCCAGCCGGGCCCACUUGUGCGACUUGUCGUUGUAGCCUCACAGAACCGUACAUCAAGUGCUCCGAGUGCCUUGACGUCUUGGUCUGCUUGCAGUGCUUUGCAAGAGGUCGCCAAAUUGGCGCCCAUCGCAACUGCCACGCCUAUAUUAUAGUACGGGAUGAUAUUCAGGUAUUUUCCACCGAGCCCGGUUGGUCGGCACGGGAUGAGCGCUCCCUGUUACAGGCUCUGCGCACGCACGGCUACGGCAACUGGGAUGCUAUCGCGGAUGCCCUCGAGCGGCGGCAUAAGCCCGAGGAGAUACGGAGGCACUAUCAUGAUUGUUACUUUGGUGGCAUCUUUGAACGGCUGUUGGGUUUGCAGCAUGCCCAAAACUGUUACCUGCCGGAGCGUAUGCCGUAUGUGUUCAAAAUGAGAUCCCUCGAGCCGCCGCGCCAUGAUGACAUUGCAUCUAUGCAGUUCAAGCUGAAUGCCGGCUAUCGCUGUGCCCGUGGCGACUUUGACACGCCCUACGAUGCCUCUGCGGAGGGUCUGCUGUCCAUAAUGGUGGAUCAGCAACGUGUUGGCGCAGAUGAUGAGCCUGAAAGUGAAUCACCCGACAAGGAGCUGGUCGACGAACUGCAGUGCGCACUUGUCCGUGCCUAUAACAAUCGCCUGAGAGAACGCCAGCGACGCUACAAAGUUAUGCGUGAUCAUGGCCUCAUCAUGCCCAAUCGCACGGUCAGCUGGAUAUCCAAGUAUGUGAGUGCGUUCCGUAGCGAUGCCAGCUGCAUGCGUUUCCUCGCCCUAAUGCAAGUCUGUGAGCCCACCGAAUUUGACCUGCUGGUGGAGUCGCUGAGCUACUUUCGCCAACUACAGAACCGGCUCCAUUGGCUCCACGACAUACGCCAACAUGGUGUACGCACACUCUACGGCGGCGGACUUUAUACGCGCCUCUACAAGCAGCGCCAGCAGGCUCAGCGAGAUUAUGCGCGACAAUGGCAAAACGAUGCCCACGACUGGCAACAAUUGGUGCAUCAUUACGAAAACAAUCAAAAUGCUGGCCAGCUGCCGCAGGGCAGCAGCUCUAGGGUAUAUAUGUUGUAUCCACGUCGCAAGGCAAGCCCCAUGGAAAUUUCGGAUCUGCCCGGUUACUCCAAGCUGGAUGCUGGAGAACGUAAUCUUUGUAGCGUGGCACGUCUGAUACCGCAGGCCUAUUUGGAGUAUAAAAAUCAACUGAUUGCCGAGCAGGCCAAGCUGGGGCAUCUGCGGCUGGGCGAUGCACGGCGGCUGAUUAAGAUCGAUGUGAACAAAACGCGACAGAUUUAUGAUUUCUUGGUGGAAAAUGGCCACAUACGACCGCAUUCUUUUGGCUAGGAGUUUUCCUAGCUUUACUUUUCGUUUCACUUAGUUUGAAAAUGCCGAAACGCUGCUCAUAUCGGAGGUGCACAUGCUGCUUGAUCAUCGCAAGCGGCAAAACGAAUCCGCCGACGAGGAACA